AACUUAAAACUGAGAGCCAGAGCCAUGAUGAAUCCAAAACACAAAUGCAAUUCAGUUCAGAAAACCCUUAUAUUUUAGAAAUAGUUCUAGAAAACACUAAUAAGAGCUCUACAGAAACACAAAAAACACCCCAACCAACAGGAGAAUUCAAUCCUACAGAAGCAACAGCAGAAACAAAUGAGAUAGAAACAACUGAAAAUGAACCAGAAACUACAAAUAUAUCUACAAAUAAUGAUUUAGCAACAGAUAUGGAAACAGAUUUCAUAUCUCACAAGGAAAUGAACAACAAUGAUGAAAAAGAAUUCACUCUAAUUACUUCAAGGAAAGGAAAAUAUAAAAACAAGACCAAGAAAGGAGGCUAUUCCCUAUUUACUAGAGUCAACAAAACAGACAAGGAGAACAACCCUCAAAGGGUUUUUCUCCUCACGUUUAAUUAA